ACAUCCUCACCCACGUGGCUUCCUUUUUUCUAGUGAUUGUAUUAAAGCUAUGUAUGCCGUCUACAGAGAGGUGCACCCUCCCACAGGGAUAGAGCAUUGCUUAGAAUGUCAUUUUGUGGACAGCAGUCAAAAAAAUCUCGUCGUAGCGGCCACAUCAGUGCUCAGAGUGUUUACACUUGUAAAGGACCUCGAAGAGCAUGAUGUGUCGCACGUUUCUGAAAAUAGGCGUAAGGGAUGUCGACUGGUUCAAUUUGGUGAGUACCAUCUCCAUGGCAACGUGCAGUGUAUGGAGAGAGUGAGACUCGGACACAACACUAGGGACACUCUCCUACUCACCUUCAGAGAUGCAAAGCUGUCCCUGGUGGAGUAUGACCCGGAUACAAACGAUCUUAAAGUGGUUUCUCUACAUCAGUUUGAGGAUGAUGACAUCAAGGGAGGUGUGUCUCACAAUAUUAAUCGGCCUUGUGUGCGCUCUGACCCCGAGGGGCGCUGUGCGGCCAUGUUGAUGUACGGGAGUCACCUGGCCGUCAUCCCCUUCAAGCACACCCCCAUCCUCGACGACCCCACUCCAGGCACACCACUCACUCCGGGAUUCGAGUCUCAGGGGGUGGGCCACAGCUUCACUAUUGACCUACUGGGCCUAACUGAGAAGGUGUCGGGUGUGAAGGACUUCCAGUUCAUCCACGGCUACAACAGUCCCACUGUGUUCAUCCUCUUUGAACCCAUCCCCACUUGGGCAGGUCGUAUCACCCUCCGUAAGGACACCUGUUCGAUAGUGGCCCUCUCCCUCAACCUGAGCCCUGGUCAGAACAGCCCCGUCAUCUGGCAGCUGCAGAGCCUCCCCUUUGACAGCUCCUACUGUGUGCCCGUGCCAACACCAAUAGGUGGCAUGUUGAUUGUUGGAGCAAACACGCUGCUCUACAUGAACCAGAGCACCUCCACAGUGGGCAUGGCACUCAACAGUCACACCGAGAACUCCACGAGCUUUGCCCUCCGUCUCCAAAGCCCCGCCCCUUUAUCGAUGGACUGCUCCAGUGCUGUGUUUAUAGAUGGCGAGCGUUUAGUAGCCACUGUUAGAAACGGAGACAUAUAUCUCAUCACUCUGAUACCCGACGGAAUGAAGGGGGUUAGGAACAUCGUCAUGGAGAAGACAGCUGUCGGAGUUCUGGCCUCUUGCAUCUGCACGCUUGGAGCGGAUCAUGUGUUCCUUGGAUCUCGACUGGGGAACUCCCUACUCUUGCACUGCUCUGCAGCUGGUGGUGAUGGGCCUCCUCCCGAGAAGAAGAUCAAAACUGAAGACAAACCAAGUUCAGACACUGGUGAUUUCGAGGUGUACAAGAGUGACCUGUCCAGUGUGUCCCCGUCAGUGCAGCUGGAGUUGUGUGACUCACUGCUCAACAUUGCCCCCAUCAAGAGCUGCACAGUGGGACAACCCGGCUAUCUCUCAGAGGAGUUCAUGACCUCAGAGUGUGAUAUAGACUUGGUGACAGUGAGUGGGCACGGUAAGAACGGUGCUCUGUGUGUAGUCCAGCGAGGAGUACGCCCACGCAUCGUCACGACCUUUGAACUACCAGGCUGUAAGGACAUGUGGACAGUGCUGGAGAAACAAGCGGAUGGCAGUGCUAGUGAGCAUGGGUUCCUUAUUCUGAGUCAAGAGGACUCGACGAUGGUACUUCAGACAGGACAGGAGAUCACUGAACUUGACUCGUCCGGUUUCUCUGUGGAGACGCCCACUGUCUAUGCUGGGAACAUGGCGGCUGGUCAGCUGAUUGUUCAGGUCACCACUACUGGUAUGCGUCUGUUGAGGGGCUCUGAGUUAAUUGCUCGUGUAGCACUCGAUAUGGGGGGCGGUGUGCAGUCAUGUAGCAUUACCGACCCCUAUGCUGUGAUCCUAUUGGCCGAUGGAACUCUUGGACUUGUAGAAGUACAAGACAACCCGGACUCUGACCCCACUUUGCAACUCACCUGGCCGGAGCUUCCCAAAGGGUCAAAGGUUAUGCUGACAUCUGCCUACAUGGACACUAGCGGAUUAUUUGUCACGAUGUCACAUUGCAAUAAAGCCACACCCAUCAGUAAAGAGGCUGCACCCGCCCACCCUGCAAGGGACGACCUCGAUGAUGAAGAUGAGUUGCUGUAUGGAGACCUAUCAGCCCUCGUGACGGCAACCAAGAAACAGUCCAGUGUUCCCAUGGAGACAGAUGAAGCCCCACCCCAUGACACCACCCUUCCCCCGGUAGACACACACUGGACUGGCCUGUAUCGUGAGGAUGGUUCACUAGAGAUCUACUCACUGCCGACCUUUGACCUUGUUUUUAGCGCUCGAAACUUCUCAUCAUCUCCUCGGACUCUCAUUGACAGCGGACCCGUAUCGUUGUCAAGCUCUGGUGCUCCGAUACUCCACCCCUCUGAGACGAGGGUGAGUGAGGUACUGCUGACUGGACUCGGGGGACACCCUCGAAUAGUGGCCCUCAUAGAAGAGGAGUUGGUGAUCUACACUGCCUUCCACUGUGACCAGCGGCAACAUCCCUCACACCUGCAGCUGCGCUUCAGUAAGGUCCAUCACGAGGUUCUCUUGCAGGACAGAAAAGCACAGACUGUCAAGAAACAGCUGAGUCAGCAAAACUCUGAUCCUGCCGAUGAGCUAGGGUCAAAGUUCUCUCAUCGACUGAGAGCCUUCAGUGACGUUUCUGGAUACAGUGGGGUGUAUGUGUGUGGGACUUACCCUCACUGGAUCUUCACCAGUGACCGAGGGACUCUCCAACUCCACCCCAUGACUGUAGAUGGCCCCGCCCUCUCAUUCGCACCAUUCAACAACGUUAACUGCCGACAGGGCUUCCUAUACUUCAACUCUGAGGGAGAGCUUCGUAUCUGUGUGCUGCCAAGUCACAUGACCUACGACUCCCCCUGGCCGAUACGUAAGGUCCCCACACACUGCACUGUACAUCAGGCCUCCUACCAUAUGGAGAGUAAGACCCACGUGGUCAUCACCAGCGAGCAGAGCCCCAUCCAAGAACUGCCCCUAGGGGACGACCCAGAUCAUACAGAGAAGGUGGAGCGAGAUGAUCGUUUUGUGUUCCCGAUGGAGGACACGUUCCACUUGCAACUCUAUUCUCCGUUGUCGUGGGAACCCGUACCAAACACUAAACACUCUAUGGAUCGCUACGAGCGUGUGGUUACAUGCAAGGUGAUGAGACUGCGUAGUCAAGAGACACUGAGUGGGCGUAAGGAAUACAUCGUAGUGGGCACUACUAUCAUCACAGGGGAGGAGUUUCAGUGCAAGGGAAAGAUCCGGAUAUUUGAGGUGAUUGAAGUCAUUCCUGAGCCGGGGAAACCCCUAACCAAGCACAAGCUAAAGAGUCUGUACAAUCAGGAGCAAAAAGGUACGAUCUCAGCCCUCGAGUCGGUGGAUGGGCUCAUCCUGGCCUGCAUGGGGCAGAGGAUAUUCAUGUGGCAGUUUAAGGACAACAAGGACUUGCUGGGGAUGGCCUUCAUAGACACGGACAUCUACAUCCACACCGCCGUUGCCCUCAAGAAUUUCAUUCUCAUAGGAGACAUUUCUCGUAGCAUUCAGCUCCUCAGAUACAAGGAGAAUCUACGUACACUCUCGCUGAUAAGCCGUGACCGGUUCCCAUCGGAGGUGUAUGCAUGUGACUAUUUGGUUGAUGGGCAACAGCUGGGCUUCAUUGCCUCAGACUCUGACCAGAACAUUGUGCUGUACCAGUACCAGCCGGAAACACCGGAGAGUGAUGGUGGGCUGUUCCUGACCAGACGUGGGGACUUUAACGUUGGUAGUCAUGUCAACGCCUUCCUGAGGGUACACUGUAAGAGUGCAGCACCUCCCGGGGCCUCCAAUGAGGUGAAAGCUCUCAUGGUCGAGAAGAGAGAUGUAACUUUUCUAGCCACUCUGGACGGUGGUAUUGGCUGCAUCCUGCCAGUAGCCGAGAAGACCUAUCGACGUCUGCUCAUGCUCCAGUCAAAGCUGGUACAGGGACUACCUCAUAUUGCAGGCCUUAAUCCAAAGGCAUUCAGGAUGUUCUCCUCCCACUUCCAGUACCUCUACUCCCCUCAACGAAACAUUCUGGAUGGCAAGUUGCUAUGGAGAUACCCACAACUAAACAACAAAGAGAAAACAGACUUUGCCAAACAAAUUGGUACUACCCCCUCUCAGAUUUUAGAGGACCUCAAAGAAAUUGACAAAAUAUCAUCCAUUUUCUAGCUAUUGUACACGUACUUCAAGUCGUCUUCCCUGUACAUUUGACCACAUGCAUAAUAAUUAUUACAUAUUACAUUUUUGUGGAAAUUUCCAUUCACUUUUGAUAGCGGAUGAAGAUAAUAAUUA